UGAUUGACAUCUGGUUGGCUUGAUGCUCAUCCCAAUCCCCAAUUACACACCUCGCUGGAUUGACACUUGUAUCUGCUAGCUUGUAUUCCAAUUUAUUACUCACGUAUAUUUUUUUGGUUGUCAGGUGAUCGAUGCUUUUUUGUCAUAACAUUACAGCACGUCAUGUAUCGCUGUAAAAAAAUCACUCAUGUUAUUUUUUAUUGAUGCGUUGAGUGACAAUUUAAAUUAAAAAUUAAAUGUCGUAAUAAUGCUGCAGUUUUAUCUAUUUGAUCAAUCUUUUAUAACUGUUGACACAAUUUUUCCGAUUGACAAAUUAAUGUUUCCAAUAAAUAUCAAAGGUAUGUUUUUUUAAAUGAAUGACAAACAAUGGGAAAAGACAAAGCAAAGACGUUUAAUAGUAUAAUCCAGGCAAUUAAUACUUUAAAUCGACAGUCAAGUUGUUUUGGCAAAAGAAUAUUGAAAUAUAUUUCUUCCCAGCUUAAUACUGACGAAGAAUUAAUCAAACGACCGUUAUCGGAUAUUCUGGAAGCUUAUGAGGAGUUUGGGAUUCUGAAACGAGAUCAUAAAGGGGAGUUAAAGUUGAAUGACACCGCUCAGCGUCCAUCAGUAGCCAGUUUACGUCUACCUCGUCGUCCCCAAGGCUGUAAAUGCCCGGAUUGCGUUGGAAAAUGCGGGUUCUGUCCGACGCGCAGUGGCAAGAUAGCCAAGAGAAAACCCGGUCAAAAAAAAUGCUCUCACUGUGGCAGGGGUCGUUGGUUGGCUGAACAGAGACGAAAGAGACAGAAAAAACGAUUAAGGAAAAGGACAAAUAAAAAUAAACGUAUUGAAAGACGUAGUCGGAAAUAAAACAACAUUUUUAUUAAAUUAAUUACUGGAUAAAUUUAAUAAUCCUGUUGAGCUUACAGAUUAUUUAUCAAGAUAAUAUAAAUAUUUGCUAUGUAUAUUACGUAAAUAAAAAAUUUUAG